AUGAAGGUGUAUGAUGGGGAAUUGGUAGGUAUUGCCAGAGCACUCACAGAAGCCAGCAGGUCCAGGCUAUCCUUCAAGCACAUCUGGGUUUUCACAGACAACCAAGCAGCAAUCAGCAACUCUCACAGACUCUCUCCCCACCCUGGACAACAAAUUUCUCAACAGAUUCAACAACUUACAAAGGACCUUCUAUCCUCUGACCUGGACUUACAGCUUCAUCUCCAUUGGGUACCAAGUCACACUGGUAUUCAAGGUAAUGAUGAAGCUGACAGACUUGCAAAACAAGCA